AUGAAGACCUUCAUCUCCAUUCUCGCCGCGGCCUCGGCUGUUGUUGCUUCGCCUGUCGGACUUGCCAACCGUCAGCUCGGCGGUACUCGCACCACAGUCAACGAGUUCACGACCGGCGGCUGCCGGGACAUCAUCUUCCUCUUUGCUCGCGGUUCGACCGAGAUUGGCAACAUGGGCACUGUCUGUGGCCCGCCCACAUCCGAUGGACUCAAGGCGGCUUUCGGUAACGAUGCCGUCGCGACCGAAGGCAUCGACUACGCGGCGUUGCUGUCGACCAACGCGCUGCCGGGCGGCGCCGACCCCGCGGGCAUCCGGGAGAUGAGCGACCUGCUGGUGCAGGCGAACCAGAAGUGCCCAGACUCGAAGCUCGUCGUGGCGGGCUACAGCCAGGGCGCCGCGCUGGUGCACCGCGCCGUCGAGGACCAGAGCGACGCCGUCAAGGCCCAGAUUGUCGCGGCCGUCACGUACGGCGACACGCAGAACGUCCAGGACCGCGGGCAGAUCCCCAACUUCCCCAAGGACAAGACCAAGGUCAUCUGCAACACGGGCGACCUCGUGUGCUCGGGCACCCUGAUCAUUGCUGCGCCGCACCUGACCUAUGGCCGCCGGGUUGAUGAGGCGGUCGACUUUAUGGUGUCCAAGCUCAACGCUGCGGCUUGA